AUGGCGGCCGCGACCGCGGAGCCGCCUGCGCCGCUUCCGGUGGCCGAGGCGGCCUCCGAGGUGAUCGAGGUGGAGGACUUGGAGCCGGGCUCGCCGGACGCCGGCAGCGGGAGCAGUGGAAGCGGCAGCGGCAGCGGCCGGAGCACCUCGGAGUACUCCGGCUGGGUCUACCACCUCGGCGUCAACUCCAUCGGCCACGAGUACUGCCACCUCCGCUUCCUCGUCAUCCGCGGCAAGUGCGUCGCCAUGUACAAGCGCGACCCGCACGAGAACCCGGGACUUGAACCUAUCCGAAAGGGUUUUGUUAGUCACACUCUUAUGGUGGAGGAGCUUGGUCGCCAGAAGGUCAACCAUGGGGAUUUUUAUGUCUUGAGGUUGUGCAAUAGAUUGGAUAAAACGAAGAAAGGAGAGAUCGCAUGCGCGACUCCUGGUGAAGCUCGGAAAUGGGCUGAAGCAUUUGAGCAGGCCAAACAACAGGCUGACCAUGACCUGACAAGAGGGGUUAACUGGAAAAGAUUGCAGAAUGAAAACGAGUUUAAUCUUGAUGGGCACCGACCUCGUGUAAGAAGAUAUGCAAAAGGCUUGGGGAAACUUGUGCGUAUUGGCAAAGGACCAGAAAUGCUCCUUCGGCAGUCCUCAGAUCUUCAAAGCCAUGAAAGUGUUAACACAAACUUUGGAGGUGAUGCCGGAGAUGCACCUGAAGCACAUGAGUGGAGAUUUGUUCGAAUAUCAAAUGGAAUAAGAAUUUUUGAAGAUAUUGCGAACUCAAAGGGUGGAAAGGGGAUACUUCUCAAGUCUGUUGGUGUGGUUGGUGCAAAUCCCGACACAGUGUUCGAAAUGGUUCUCAGUCUUGAUAAGCAUAAGCGAUAUGAGUGGGAUAUGUUGAUUGCUGAUUUGGAGUUAGUAGAAACAAUUGAUGGGUACUGUGAUGUGGUUUAUGGAACCUAUGAGCCGAAAUAUUUAAACUGGUGGAAAUCAAAGAAGGAUUUUGUAUUUUCCAGACAAUGGUUUCGUGGACAGGAUGGGGCAUAUAACAUUUUGCAAAGUCCUGCUAGUCACAAGAAAAAACCCUCAAGGCAUGGUUAUGGACGUGCACAUAUCAACCCCACAACAUGGGAAAUAAGGAGGUUAAACACAUCAGGGUCAACUCCGAAGUGCAUUGUUACUCGUAUGGUGGAGAUCUCUCCAAGUUUUUGGGACAGAUGGAAGAGAAGGACCUCCACAAAUUUUGAUAGAAGUAUCGCAUUUGCUUUGCUCAGCCAAGUAGCAGGUCUAAGAGAAUACUUCGCAGCAAAUCCAGCCAUCACAUCUGAUUCUCCUUCUACAGUAGUGAAGUCAAAGGCAUCUGAACCUUUGAUCAUCCAGAGUGAACUUGAAGAUUCUGAACCUAAUGAUGAGUUCUAUGAUGCGCUUGUUAGAGGAGAAUCCUUUGAAGAUGAGGAUAGUGAUGAUGACGAUGAUGAUGUUAUGACCUCAAAGGCUGGAAAGGUGAAGUUGAAGAACGUAUCAUGGGCUAUUGCAGGUUUAGCUAUGAAGCGAUCUAAAGCUUCACUUGAGAGGAGUGAAUUGGUUACAAACUCCAUUCCCAUCGCCAUUGAUUCAAGCCAUUUCCAUGGCAACGUUCGACGAGCAAAAAGCGAAGAUGACCCAAACUCUUGGAGUGCACCUGGUGGAGAGAAGUUUAUGAUAAGAGGGAAGACUUACUUGUCAGAUUACACCAAGAUUGCUGGAGGAGAUCCUCUUCUAAAGCUUAUUGCAGUUGAUUGGUUCAAGGUUAAUGAGCGGUUUGACUCAGUUGCCUUGCACCCUAAAAGCCUUGUUCAGUCCGAAGCUGCAAAGAAGAUUCCCUUCAUACUGGUUAUAAACUUGCAGGUUCCAGCGAAACCAAACUAUAACUUGGUUAUGUACUACGCAGCAGAGAAGCCAGUGAACAAAGAAUCUCUGUUGGGUAGAUUCAUUGAUGGAACUGAUGCAUUCCGAGAUGCCAGAUUUAAACUUAUACCAAGUAUUGUUGAGGGUUAUUGGAUGGUGAAGCGUGCAGUUGGGACGAGAGCUUGCCUUCUUGGCAAAGCAGUAACAUGCAAUUAUCUUCGGCAAGAUAACUUUCUGGAGAUAGAUGUUGACAUUGGUUCCUCAUCUGUUGCACGGAGCAUUAUUGGCCUAGUCCUGGGAUAUGUGACAAGCAUCGUCGUUGAUCUUGGUAUCUUAAUUGAGGCGAAGGAAGAGAAAGAGCUGCCCGAGUACAUUCUUGGCACUGUUCGUCUAAACCGUAUAAACCCUGACGCUGCUGUACAAAUCUAAGUUCAAUCCAUUUUCUCGCUCCAUUCACCCCUUCUCCCACCCAAGAGAUGCAUGGUGGAAGAUCUGCUCAAUUUUCCAUUACCUCUUCUAUUCUCAGAGGUAGACAGCACUUGUAAACAGGAAAGUAGUCACAAUGUUAUGAUCCCAAUCGACAGGACGAGAGCUAUCUACAUGUACAUAGUAUACACAUUGUGCCUACCGUACAUAGAAGAAUAGUAAGCAUACUUCAAAAGUUAACAUCUUCAAAUAUCUACCUGGGUGUGUUGCUGAGUUAAUUUCAAAGAGACGAGGACCAAUUUGCGUU